UUGGAUUCCCCCACAUUCUGCGUUUGACAUAGGUUAUGAUUGAAGACGGAAACCACAAUAACUAACUGGGUGUUCUUAAUCUAGUGAUAUGAGAAUGUUGAGGUGGUGUAUGUGCUAAAAUAUCAGUGAUGAACUCCUGGAUGAUAGGAGCUGAGUGUAACUUCAGUGAACAGGAUUGCUUGGUGGUUGCCCAUCAUGUUCAAGCGUCGUGAUCCUCCAAAUCCUAACUGAUGGUUUUUAUUAUGGGGUGGCUUUUUAUAGCCACCUUCUGGAUAUUGAAUACAGUCACAGAGGCAAUUGAGUAUGACAGUCUGAAAGAUGUGUUAACGGACAAUGAAUGGAAAUACCUCUUAGGAAAUCAAGAAUCGCAAUACGCUAUAACCUAUCCUACUUUCGAGAGUUUGAACAGUUCCUCGCUGUAUCGACUGAAUCUUCAUGUGCCUGCAACCGAACAAAAUAUAACAGUCGACUUGUUACAAAAUGAUAGAGUUUUGGCCAACGACUUCAUAGUCUUAGAGACAUUCACUAAUCGAUCCAAUGUUUUGUACCACAAUGAAAAUGACACUAACUGCCACUUUAAAGGGGAGAAUGCUGCUGUUAGCAUCUGCGAAGGGAUUGUAAGUGUAACUUAA